CUGAAGUAUUUUGUAAUAGCUACAGCUACGACGAUGGCGACUCUCUUUUCGUUAGUAAUAUUAGUCAUUGCUAUUAUUUUACUCUGCAAGAUCGCAGCGUUGGCGUACGGUGAUUAUAUCACACGGAAAAAAAUCAGCCAUAUUCCUGGGCUCACUACUCUCCCUUUUAUUGGAACGUUAGAUUUACUACGGCAAACGGAAAAAGGUCGUGUAGAUUGGCUACUGUCGCUGAUGCACAAAUUUAAAGACGGGAUUUUUCUACUUUGGAUGGGCCCACAGCCAAUAAUUUACAUAUAUAAACCAGACCAAUUUAAAGCUGUCCUUUCGAGUACCGUACUAAUAGAGAAGUCGGUUCAUUACAAUUUCUAUAAAGAAUGGCUGGGCACUGGGAUUCUCCUUUCUUCUGGCAAGGAAUGGAUGCAAUUUAGGAAGCUCUUCUCGCCACCGUUCCAUUUUAACAUGGAACGAUUCGGUGUAAUUAUAUCCGAGAAAACAGAAAUCAUGCUAAAAUCCCUAGAGAAAGUGAUAACAGAAAAUCAAGGGAAGGCUAUCGAUAUCAUCCCUAUUUUAGAUCAUUUUUCUAUGGACGUUGUAUGCGAAAUUAUAUUGGGUAUAAAUCCCCAAGAUGUCGAGUUUAAUUAUAUCGAUAAUAUACAGAGAUUGCUCAAACUGAUAUCGAUACGUAUAAAUCAGCCGUGGCUCUGGAUAAACUGGAUAUUUAAUUUGUCUCAUGUGGGAAGAAAGUAUAAUGAGACGCUUCGCAAUGUAAAUGAAUUUUCAAAAGAUAUAAUACGGAAUAAGCAAUUCACGCGUACCGUACUGAACGACAAAUCGCAGGAUAAUGACGAUGAAACGGCAGCCAAGACGAAGAGGAAAGCCUUCCUGGAGCUUUUGUUAGAUCUAAAUAAGAACAAAAACAACUUGUUUACCACCGAAGAGCUGAGAGGACAUAUUAAUUCAUUCGUGUUUGCGACUUACGACACAACAGUGACUACGCUCAGCUGGGUACUCUUCUGCUUAGGCAAUAAUCUUGAACAUCAAGAGAAGGUUCAUGAAGAAUUAGAGGACAUUUUCCGUGAUUGGCAAGGCCCAGCCUCUCCGAAGCAACUCUCUCAAUUAAAGUAUCUCGAUCGAGUUAUAAAAGAGAGUCUUAGGCUAUAUCCAACCGUACCGCUAAUCGGAAGAAAAGUCACGGACGACAUAAAUCUAGGUGGUUACGCGAUUCCAAAAGACAGCACGAUCGUAUUGGCGAUCAUAUUGUUGCAUCGUGAUCCAACGAUCUGGCCGGAUCCGUUGAAGUUUGAUCCGGACCGAUUUCUACCGGAGAACAUGAUACAUCCGUAUGCCUUCGUGCCGUUCAGCGCCGGACCGAGAAACUGCCUCGGACAGCGACUCGCUUUGCUCCAGGAGAAGAUCGCGUUGACCGCUGUACUCCGAAAAUGGAGGAUCAAGAGCGUGGAAACACCCGCGGGAAUAAGUAUAUACGAUUCCACCGUGUUGCGACCAUAUCAAGGAAUUAUACGUAUACAUUUCUCACCAAAGAAAUAAGGCAAGAUAUUGCAUGAUUUAACGUCGACGACGGUCGCUGAGUUUUAUAAAUAAAAAAAAAGUAUUUCCUUCCUA